AUGGUCUACGUGGUGAUUGGAGCCACCCAUUUCACUCAGCCGGGCCCUGGGGCUGCAGUGCGCAAUGUCAAGCAGGUGCUGAUACACGAGUACUACAAUCCUGCUGACAUGAGCUACGAUAUUGCCCUGAUGCAAUUGGACCAUCAUGUCCAAUGCAGCUCCUACAUCCAGCUGGCCUGUGUGGCUGACCCCACCCUAAGAGUCUCAGAGCUGCAAAACUGCUGGAUUGCUGGCUGGGGUGCCACUACUGCAAGAUCUCAACAAUCAAGUGAUCACCUGCAGGAGGCCAAGGUCCAGCUCAUCGAUGUCCAGCUCUGCAACAGCAGCCGCUGGUAUGCGGGGGAAAUCCACACCCACAACUUGUGUGCUGGUUCCCCACAGGGCCUCAUCGACACCUGCCAG